AUGUUAAGGUCAAAGUGGAAGACACCUCAUUACUGUUACCUCUUCAACUGCUACUUCAACCUUUGCAGAAAAAAUUUGUUUCAUUUCAUGGGAAAGAAGCCCACUAACCGACUAGAUAAGCCUGAAUGGUAUUUGACCCAAAUAUUGACUUGGAUUUCAGACCAUUCACUUUUUUUGGAGAAAAUUGUUCAGCCUAUUUUAGAAAAUGAAGGCAUGUCUCAAUAUAAUGCACAAUCUCAAAUGAUGAAAGGCUUAGUUCGAUUGGCGAUUUUGCGUUUGAAAUCUGAUAUGAAAACUUUGCUUGAUGAUGAUAGACUUCUCAGCCAUACAAUUGAUGAAAUCUUACUCUUUUCCCGCGAACUGAAGAAUCAAGGCUAUCCUCAGAGUUAUCCUGACAUUUUACAAAUACUGACAUCUGAGCCAUGCUUCACUAGAUGGAGAUCCUUAGAACAUCAAGGAGCAUUAGAGAAAAUGGAUAAAUUCUUAAGUCUGGACACCUCUUGGAAAUCCAGAUAUCAAGAUGAGAGUGAUAUUGACGAUCUGCAUGUACCAGAGAGUGCAGAACUCUUUAUAACUCUUCUUCUAACAAUGACUGAAAGGUAUUGUAAUGUAUCUGGAAAAGACUGCCAAGUAUCUUUCCUGGAGCUACAAUUGGAACUCCUUGAUGACUUUCGUUUGAGGUUGCAUCAAUUAUCUCAAUGUGAAAUGCAAGAAGCUAUUCAGCCCAACUUCUGUGGUAUCAUGAAUGCUAUUCAUUACAUAGCUAUGGUGCUAGAGGAAUGGAACAACUUACCAUUUUUCCUGCAACUCCACACCUACAGGAAGAAAAAAUUAGCUUGUGAAGCCAUUAUGAGAGAUUUGGAUAAGUCCCAGUUGAGUAUCAUGAAGGGCGGAGAGCAUCGGACAGCAUCAGAAGAAGAACUUAUAGAAGCGUCCGUGUUUGACGACGCCAUCGGAUUAUUGAAUCACGUGCAGAAUGCUUUCUUACAAACAAUGUGUGAUAGAGUCAUGCUGGAUAUCAAAACUAAGAGCAGGCCUUAUAGAAAAGAGAAAUGGUUUUGUAUGCCCGUGGUACAAGAUAAAAAAGCUAUGGAAAUUUCUUUAGCCGCCUAUCCAAUGUUGGAAAUAAUAAGUACAAGUUUAAACAGUCUUCAAGAAUUGUUAGCCAAGCCACUGUUUACAAAAAUAUGGCAACAAAUCGCAAGUGAACUCAAUUGUUACUUAUAUGAAGAGGCAAGUGUCUUUUAUUUUUAAAUCUUAUGUAUGAUU